AUGCACUGCACUUCUGCAAAAGAAAUAUGGGACAAGUUUCAAAGAAUCUAUGAAGCAGACGUAAAGGUAGCCAAACUGCAAAAUUUUCAAGGUUGGUUUGAAGGACUGAAGAUGAAGGAGGAAGAAAAGAUUCUUGAUUACCUUCAGAGAGUGGAUGAAAUAGUUAAUGCUAUAAGGGGAAUAGGAGAGUAUGUUUCAGAUGAAGUUAUAGUCAAGAAAGUGUUGAGAUCAUUGACAACAAAGUAUGACAUAAAAGUGUCUGCUAUUGAAGAAGCUAAAGAUCUGAAAAUUUUCUCCAUGGAUGAACUAUUUGGUUCAUUAUCAUCCUAUAAAAUGAGGACUAUAAGUGUUGAAGAAACAAAGAGAGAAGUUGUCUUCACCUUUGAGAAGAAAGGAAAAGAAGUUGCAAGUAGUGUAGAUGAUGAAGAAUCAGAUGUUGUCGAAGCCAACUUUGUAAGGAAAUUAAAGAAAGGAUUAGGUAAGUAUAGAGGAAAACUUCACUUCAAAUUUUUUGACUAUGGAAAAAUAGGACACUUUGUUGCUAAGUGUCCAUAUAAGAAGGAAGAUAAGAAUGAGGGUAAUGUCAAGGAUACAGACAAAAAGUUUUAUAAACCUAGAAGGAAUUUACAAAAGAAGAAAGUUCUUUACACUUUUGAUAGUGGUGUCUCUAAUGAUGAAAGUGAGUCAGCUAAGGACUCCAAUGAAGAUGAAAAACAAACUAAUCUCUUCAUGGCACAAGAGGUCCUUAAUGAGGAUCAGAGUGGUGCUCAAUCUGAAAAUCAAAAUGACAGUGAGGAAGAGGAUGCAGAUGUCGGUUGA